AUGCAGGAGACUACGGAAAAGAUAACCGUAGGCUCUCUGGUAUGGGUGACAGACCCAUCAGUGGCUUGGAUUGAUGGAGAAGUGUUAAAAAUAGAAGGAACGGAAGCUGAGAUCCGAACUACUGAUGGGAAGAAAGUUGUCACGAAACUAUCAAAAAUACACCCCAAAGAGAUGGACUAUCCAGAUGGUGGAGUUGAUGACAUGACCAAGCUUUCUUAUUUGCAUGAGCCUGGAGUUUUACAUAACCUAUCUAUCAGAUAUCAACGAGAUAAAAUCUAUACUUAUACAGGCAAUAUUCUCAUCGCCGUUAACCCGUUUCAAAGUUUGCCUCACUUGUAUGAUGGUCACAUAAUGGAAAAAUACAAAGGAGCACAAUUUGGGGCUCUAAGUCCUCAUGUAUUUGCUAUUGCAGAACUUGCUUUCAGGGAAAUGGUUAAUGGAGGAAAAAGCAACUCAAUCUUAGUCAGUGGUGAAAGUGGUGCGGGUAAGACUGAGACUACUAAAAUGCUUAUGCGUUAUCUUGCAUAUGUUGGUGGUCACAAAGGCACGGAAGGACGAACCGUUGAACAACAAGUUCUUGAAUCAAAUCCAGUUCUGGAAGCAUUUGGGAAUGCAAAAACCGUUAGAAAUAACAAUUCCAGCCGUUUUGGAAAAUUUGUUGAGAUUCAGUUUGAUAAACAUGGAAGAAUAUCUGGAGCAGCCAUCAGAACAUACCUUCUAGAAAGAUCUCGUGUUUGCCAAAUUUCAGAUCCUGAACGGAACUAUCACUGCUUCUAUCUCCUUUGUGCAGCACCUGCAGAGGAAAUCAAAAAGUAUAAAUUGGGAGAUCCUAAGUCAUUUCACUAUCUUAAUCAAUCAAACUGCUAUGAGCUUGUUGGUGUAAACGAUGCCCAUGAUUAUCUUGCCACUCGGAGAGCCAUGGAUAUUGUUGGAAUAAGCAAAAAGGAACAGGAUGCAAUAUUCCGAGUUGUGGCUUCAAUUCUCCAUCUUGGUAAUCUUGAGUUCGCUAAAGGAGAAGAGAUUGAUUCAUCAGUUCUGAAGGACGAUAAAUCCAAGUUUCAUCUUCAGAUGACAGCAGAGCUGCUAAUGUGUGAUCCACAUGCUCUAGAAGAUGCACUAAUGAAGCGUUUGAUGGUUACUCCAGAAGAAGUUAUCAAGAGAAGCCUUGAUCCUGAGCGGGCAACCUUUAGCAGGGAUGGUUUGGCUAAGACCUUAUAUUCUCGCUUGUUUGAUUGGUUGGUAGAUAAAAUUAAUGUGUCAAUUGGGCAAGAUUCAAAGUCAACUUCUCUGAUUGGCGUCCUUGACAUAUAUGGUUUUGAGAGCUUUAAAACCAAUAGUUUUGAACAGUUUUGUAUUAAUUUCACUAAUGAAAAGCUGCAACAACACUUCAAUCAGCAUGUCUUCAGGAUGCAGCAAGAGACGUAUUCCAAAGAGGAAAUUGACUGGAGCUACAUAGAAUUUGUAGACAACAAGGACAUCCUAGAUCUUAUUGAAAAGAAGCCUGGGGGAAUCAUUGCUCUACUUGAUGAAGCCUGUAUGUUUCCCAAGUCAACUCCUGAAACAUUUUCACAGAAGCUUUAUCAGACAUUCAAAACACACCGGAGAUUUAUUAAACCAAAAUUAUCACAGUCGGAUUUUAUUAUUGCUCAUUAUGCCGGUGAGGUACACUAUCAGUCUGAUCAGUUCUUGGACAAAAACAAAGAUUAUCUUGUUCCCGAACACCAAGAUUUGUUGAGUACUUCCAAGUGCUCUUUUGUAGCAGGGCUUUUUCCUCCACUACGUGAGGAUGCAACCAAGUCAUCCAAGUUCUCAUCUAUUGGUUCUCGCUUCAAACUACAACUUCAGCAGUUGAUGGAAACUUUGAACUCCACAGAGCCCCAUUACAUUAGAUGUGUGAAACCAAAUAAUCUUCUAAAGCCUGCCAUAUUUGAGAAUGUCAACAUUAUCCAUCAGUUACGUUGUGGGGGAGUUCUAGAGGCAAUUCGUAUCAGCUGUGCUGGAUACCCUACCAAUAAGUGUUUCGCUGAUUUUGUUAGUCGAUUUGGUCUUUUAGUUCCAGAGGUUUUGAAAGCAAAUUACAACAGGAAGGAUGCAUGUAGGAAGAUACUGGACAAGGCGGGGAUCCGGGGGUAUCAGAUAGGGAAAACAAAAGUUUUUCUUCGAGCUGGUCACAUGGCUGCAUUAGAUGCACGGAGAGCGGAUAGAAUUAGCAAUGCAGUUAUUGUUAUUCAGAGAAUGACAAGAAGUUUUAUUAUUAGGAAGCGUUUUCUUGCUAUGGCGAAUCUUGCAGUUGCGUUGCAAACUUUAUGCAGAGGAAAGCUUGCUACUAAGAUGUAUGAAGAUAUGAGAAAGACAAUUGUCUCAACUAAAAUCCAGACUAAUUUUCGGCGGUAUACGUUGAGGACGUCCUACACCAGACUAAGGCAUGCAGUUGUACUCAUCCAAGCAGGUCUGAGAGCAAUGGCUGCUCGUUGUGAAUUCAGAUACAGGAGGCGGCACAAGGCAGCUACUAAAUUAGAAGCGAAAUGGCGUGGACAUAGAGACUAUAAACGCUAUAAGAAACUGACAAAGGCAACAGUUGCCACACAAUCUGGAUGGAGGGGGAGAGUCGCUAGGAGAGAGCUCCGGAGAUUAAAGACGGCUGCAAAGGAUACUGGUGCUCUCCAACUAGCAAAGGCGAAUCUUGAAAAGCAAGUACGAGAGCUCACACAACGUCUAGAGCUAGAAACACGGUUGAAGACUGAACUGGAAGAAGCUUUGCGUGCCAAGGAACAUGAGCUUGCAGCUAAAGCUUCUACCGGCGAAGUGGAAAAGAUUAACGGUUUAAUUGCAGAAGUAGAGAACUUGACGGCUUUGCUUGAAUCAGAGAGGAAACGUGCUGAUGAAUCUGAGAGGAAGUACGCUGAAGCCCAAGAAACAAUUAAAAUUAUGAAAUUGGAGGAAAAUGAAAGAAAGGCUCUUAUAGAAUCAGAGAGGCAACGGGCCGACGACUCUGAGAAAAAGUAUGCUGAAGCCCAGGCUCUUUUAAAAUCAGAGAGACUACAAGCUAUCAAAUCGGACAAUCACAUUGAAGCGUUUGAGAGGAUUGAAGAUACAAGUUUUGAAGGAACUGAAAGAAGGGCUGAAUCGAAUGACACAUUGCUUGUUAAAGAACGUGAGUCUGCAACAGAAGCAUCUGAUGCAACUUUGUCCAUUGUCAAAGAAGCCAUAACAUCUAUGAAGGACAUUGAUAACAUUGAUGGUUCAGCCGCAGAACAGGAGAACCAAAAGACUGGAUUAGAGGAUGGCUUUCUUGUCAAGGAACGUGAGUAUCCAACGGAAUUAGCUGAUGAAGCUUUGUCUGUUUUAGAUAACUCUUCAAUAUCCACGGAAGAUGGUGAAAAGAUUGGCAGUCUAACUCCAGAAGUGAAACAGCUGAAGACUGAAUUGGAAGAUGGAUUGCUUAAUAAGGAACACGAGUCUGCAGCUAGAGCAUCUGAUAUUGGAAGUUUAACCACAGAAGUGGAAAACCUCAAGGCUUUAUUAGAAUCAGAGAGACAACGAGCUGAUGAUUUGGAAAGGAAAUUUUCCGAAUCCUUGGAAAAAAUCGAAGUUAUACGUGUCAAGUUGGAAGAGGCAGAAAGAAGAGCACUUCAACUUCAGGAAGCAGAAAGAAGGACUGAAUUCAAUGAAGCAAUGCUUGUCAAGGAACAUGACUCUGCAAUGGAAGCAUCUGAUAAAGGUUCGUCUGUUGUUAACGAUGCAACACUUGAUGAGGGCAAUGCCAAGAUUGACGUUUUGACCGCGGAGGUAAAAAACCUUCAGGCUUUAGUAGAAUCAGAGAGACAACGAGCUGAUGAAUGUGAAAAGAAGUAUGAUGAAGCCCUGGAGUCGAUCAAAACAUUGCGUCUAAAGUUGGAAGAAACUGAAAGAAAGGCUGAAUUAGAUGAUGGAAUGCAUGUAAAUGAACGUGAAUAUCCAGCGGGAGCACCUGAUGAAGCAUUGUCUAGUCAGGAAAAAGCCACAGUUUCUGUCGCGGACACUGAAAAGAUUGAAAGUUUAACUGCAGAAGUGGAGAAUUUGAAGGUUUUACUAGAUUCAGAGAGACAAAGAGCCAAUGAAUGUGAAAAGAAGUACACUGAAGCCCUGGAAUCAGGCGAAAUUAAGCGACAAAAGUUGGAAGAAACUGAAAAAAGGGUGCAUCAACUUCAGGAUGACUUGAAUAGGAUGAUAUACAGCAUGUCAGACCAAUUUUCGGAGCUAAAAAGUAUUUUGUGUGCUUCUUCCAGUUCGAGUGUAACUUCAGGAUUUAUUAUUAGAGAUGCUUCUAGUGAUGGUACAUCUAGCUCCUCUGAUGUCACAUCCAUCGAUUCUGAUUUAACUUUCCCAGCUCCCACUACUACUCCAGAGACCGUCACACCUCUCACUCCUGCUGAUUUCCGGAUGAUACUUCAUGAUCUUUCUGUGCCUCAAAAACAACCAGGAUCUGAAAACUGGGAAAGUGAUCGGGAGGGGGCCUUUGAUGACUUCUUCUGAUGGAACUUGCUUUUUCCAAACUUUUACCCCAAUUUUCUUCUUCUUAGAUAGUUUGACGUGUGGAUUUUGGCAUUGACUAGUAGGUAUUUCUCUGACUUCCCAAAUAUAGAGUUGGCUUUAUAAGGUUAUAGUUUGGUUGUCACAUUUUACGUUAAUCAACUCAAGGCUGCUUCA